CAAAAGUACACUCGAUAUAUCGUUUGAUAUCUCAAUUAAUAACCGCCUGCAAACUCGCUGAUAGCCCCUAAUUUGCUAAAUCAAAAUGGUUAUCGAUAUUCUUCACGUGUUAAUGAUCGUAGCGAUUGCGGGUAUCAAGGUCACAGCCCAAACAUUUCCUAGCACAGUUACGCUGAGUGAUGGAGGACCAACUCUAGAAUAUAUCUUAAAUAGCACACACCUGUCCGUAAAGGCCACUUUCGAAAGUGCAGUCGGUUGGUGUGGUAUUGGUUUUGGACCUGGAACCAUGGUAGGGUCAGAUGCAAUCAUAGGCCAGGUAUCAACAGGGGAUGUUGGUGUUGUGCAGUACUCACUCACAGAGCAGGAUGAGAGCGGUGUGUUGCCAAGUGUAUCGAAUGGCGUUACUGACGGCUCUAUCACAACUUUGGGUGAUGUAUCAGUGCUUGAGUUCACAAUACCGCUAGCAUUUGGACAAGUGGGCGUUCUGCCGGACCAAAUAAAUAAUUUAAUCUGGGCUUGGGGACAGGGUGACCUUUCAUAUCACCGAGAGCGAGGCGUAGACUCUAUUGUGCUCGACACUAACUCUGAGACUACCAACUCUGAUACACUUAGUGUUAUACCUGAGGUGAGCUAUAAAAAUAUGCUAGAGUUGGAGAAUGGGCCAAUAUUUGAGUACACUCUAAACGCCACACACCUAAUUGCUCGAGCCACUUUAGAAGAGGCUGUCGGGUGGAUGGGUAUUGGCUUUGGCCCAGGAACGAUGGUUGGUUCGGAUGCCAUUAUUGGUCAGAACUCUACCGGUAGUGUAGGUGUCGUGCAGUACACACUUACAGAACGGGACGAUAGCGGUGUUCUACCAAGCGCAUCGAAUACUGUUACGGAUGGUUCUAUAUCUGUCACCGACAGCAUUUCUGUACUUACGUUCACGAUUCCACUAGUAUUGGGGCAAAUUACAAUUCUUCUAAAUGCUGAUAACAAUAUUAUAUGGGCGUGGGGACAAGGUGACCUUUCUUAUCAUCGUGAUCGUGGUGUACAGACAAUCGAGCUACAAUCCAACGCCGUCGACGGAUCUGAAAAUGACACAACUCUUCCUGAGGACGCAACAGAUACUCCAGUUACAAUGCCCGAGCAACCAACACCUGAAGAUGCUGAGGAUGCAGCCGCGCAGACUGGUGAUUGUGUCAGUAGUAACCCAGAUUACACAAAUGAAGUUGCCUUGAGCCCGACGGUCUCUUUCACCUUCAGUAUCAACGACAAUGAUCAGACUAUAGAUGUCCUGGCAACUGUGAGUCAGACUGUCGGUUGGAUUGGUAUCGGAUUCAAAGACGAUGCAGACGGCCUCAUGGUUCCCACACAGCAAUCUGUGAUCGGUGAGAUAGCUUCUAACUCCGUUGCGAGCUACAGUCUCACAAGCCGAAGCGCAUCAGGAGUAAAUCCCUCUGCAGCAAAUAUCGUUACGGAUGGAGAAAUAUUACGUACAAGUACGGGAUUGACAACUAUGAAGUUUACGAUCCCGCAGUCAGCAGUUCCUGGUUUGGUAGAAAAUACAGACUCGUAUCUGAUCUGGGCUUUCGGAAAAAGUGAGUCUGUUGCGUACCAUGGCCAGAACCGAGGAUCAAGCACAGUGAACUUUGCCACAUGCUCAGCUUCAUCUACCUUCAGUUCUGUCAAUCGUGGAGCUCUUUACGCUCACGGUAUAAUGAUGGUAUCGGCCUGGAUGGUUUUCAUUCCUUUAGCCAUUUUCUCCUCCGCAUUUAGACCGCUAUUCGCCACUCUAGGAAGCAAGUAUGGUAUCUGGUGGUUCCAUAGUCAUCGAAUUCUAAAUACUCUUGGUCUACUGCUUUCUACAAUCGCUUUCGGUCUGGCAUUUCUGCUCGUGCCUGCUGGGCUUGAUUUUACGGAGCCUCAUCACAUCAUUGGGCUGACAGUGAUGAUAGUAGCUUGGCUGCAGCCGCUGAAUGCGUUCAUUCGACCCCAUGUACCAGAAGCUGGAGAGUCGAAACCUUUACUACGAAUAGUUUGGGAGUGCGCACACAAGGGUUUGGGUUACUUGGUGCUCAUUCUGGCUGUUUUAAAUUGCUAUCUCGGAUUGGAUUUGGUUUUUGCGGCUGAUUGGCUAUAUAUCUUCUACGGAGUUUGGGUUGGCAUCGCAGCCUUAAGCUACAUUCUGCUUUUCGUGAAUUUCAACUUCUUUCACAAAGCUCAAUCGGGAAAGAACCCAACAAUCACAUCGCACGUAGAUAGUGCGGAUUCAAAGAAGGCUAUGUCUACCGACGAUCAGGAGCAAGCCGCUACGGGCGCUAUUUUAGUUUGA